GGACUCUGCUAGAAAGUAGAAACCCUCUCAGAAGGAGGUGUGACUCAGCCGUGGAAGGACGAGCAACUCCUUCACGUGCGGAUGGAAACUGCUGGAGUCAUGGAUCAAUCAACUAAGUGUAUUGAUUACAGCAGCAGAAGACUGAGCUACUGAUUUAAAGAUCAUUGGAUCGUUCGAAAGCCUUGGUGACUGAUUUGAAGCCAGAUCAACUGCUUUCAGGUCUGAUUGGAAGCCUUGAUUUCAAGUCUGAUUAACCGAUCGGAAACCUGAGAAAAGUCUCACUCCUUCGAUGCCUUAAUUGACAGAUUUGACACUUGAUUAGUUGAGUCUGAUUGAGUGCUUGGAAUCCUAAUUGACUUAUUGGAAGCGACUGAUUGGAAGCUGUGUUUGAGUGGAGUGUUGUUGGCGCCAGGAUGAGUGCGGCAGGGGAGGUGGUGUGUGAGGGCUGGCUCAGAAAGUCACCACCAGAGAAGAAGCUCCGCCGCUAUGCAUGGAAGAGGCGUUGGUUCGUGCUGCGAAGUGGUCGGCUGAGCGGGGAGCCGGACGUCCUGCAGUACUUCAAGAACCAGCAGGCCCGCCGGCCAAUCAGGACCAUCAACCUGAACCUGUGUGAACAGGUGGAUGCCGGCCUGACAUUCACGAAGAAGGAGCUGGAGAGCAGCUUCGUCUUCGACCUGAGGACGGAGGAGAGGACCUGGUACCUGGUGGCCGAGUCUGAGGAGGACAUGAACCGCUGGGUGUCCUCCAUCUGCCUGCUCUGUGGCUUCAACCCCACUGAUGACGUCCCGGCGAAACUUCCUGCGUCUGGCUCUUCCUCCAUCACAGCGAUGACCCCGACUGCCUCAAUCACCAUGGUAACAGGGACAGUCCCACCCCCCUAUGACCCGGUGAGUGUGCGAAACCUGGAGCACGAUGGAAAUGCAGAAGAAGACUACCUGUGGUUAUCACACUGCCAGAGUCACAUCAGGCCUCCUUUAGGUUCCUCCACCUCUCUUGAAACUGACUACAACGACAACCUCUACCCUCCUCCCUCCACCAACUCCUCCUCCUCUUCCUCCUCCUCCUCCUCUCCUUCCCUCCUUCCCAAUGGCCUCCCACUUCCAUCCUCCUCCUCCUCCUCCUCUUCCUCCGGCUUCAGGGCAGCCCCUUGGACCGUCACUUCCAUGACAAGCCCUUUGAGCCAGUCUCUGGAUGCCAGCAUGACCUCUGACCUGCAGAGGCGAGCCCACCGAGCUCGUUGUCACCCCUCUCCCCAUCCCAGGAAGCACUCCCUGGACUUCCACCUGCGACCCGUUGUGAUACCUCUCAGCGAUGACACACACUCUGCAGUGCAUCCAAAUACACACUCUAACACCACCAGUGUUUACCAGAUCCCCCGUCCGGCAUCCGCCGUUCAACCUCGACCCCCUCUCCGACGAUCCUCUACACCCUGCGUGGACUCCCUAACCCAGCUCCACGCCUCGACCACGACUCCUCCUCCACGCCCACCCAAGCCUCAGACCAUACCAGCCCAGGGAGAGGGCUCAGGUGUGGGCACCAGGUCAGCCACGCUCCCCCGGUCCACCUCGGAGGCAGAGAGGAGGGACGGAUAUCUGGAGGGAGGGCUGCCGAGGAGCAACACUAUCACUACGUCAGGACGCACGCACACAGGUUGUGACACUUUUCACGUCCCUCGGUCUAUGUCCCACCGAGCGAGCAUGUUUGAAUUCAGCGAGAGCUUCAGCAGUUACUUCUUUAAUAAAGGCAUGGUACCUCUGAGUAGUGUUUGCUCUGAGGAUGAUGAUGUGGACGAAAACUAUGUUCCCAUGAGUGCUGCCACCACUGAGCCUCCUGUCGCACCAAGGGUGCACCCACAUCCUCCCUCUGACUCCUCUGUCCAGCUCCAGGAUGCCAACUACGUCCCCAUGACCCCCCUCACCCCUUCCCUUCCCGUCCAUCCCACCCCUGCCACAGGUGACCUAGCGUCCCUGGGAAGGCAAGUCCCCCCACCCGCCCACCUGGGUUUCCGUAAUUCCCCGCUGACUCCCGACACCCCGCCGCUCCGGAGGAACACCGUGAAACCUGAGGUGAAGGCCAUGCCCCCUCCCAUCCACCGCAACCUGAAACCACAACGCAGAGGAGUUUGUCAGCCUGCAGAGAGAACGGACAUCCAGACUGCUGGAGAGUCGACGCACAAGACAAGAGGGAAACCACCUCCUCUGGACAUCACUCCAGUGCAGCAGGACUGGCAGGAAGUCCCGCCCCCUGUUCGCUCGCCUGUCACUCGAACCUUCACAAGAGAUCCAUCCACUCAUCGGACUGCCAGGCCGCCCUCUGCUCACAGCUCGUCCCCCUCCUCCGACUCCGAUGACACUGAUGACAGUUACGUUGCCAUGACAACAACUCCCAACCUCAGUUUCAGCACCGACGAGACGUCUCUGAGGCUCAUGCUGCACCGGGCCUCAGAGGGCGGAGUCAGCAGCCCAUUGCUACGGCGAGCCAGAGGCGACAAACAGGUGGAGUACCUGGACCUGGACCUCCACACUGGGCGAUCCACUCCAACAAGACAGAAACGCUGCACGGCAGAAGGUGGAGGCGGCGGCGGCAGCGAGCAGGCAGCAGCGGGCGAGGAGCGCGCACGGGGCGGGCGUACACGUGUGGACUAUGUGGUGGUGGACCCCAAAAGAACCAAGGCCCUGAGGAGCACCAGAGAAGCAUGGCAUGAUGGGAGGAUGUCCACGGAGAAGGAGAAAUGCUAGAGAUGCACUAACACACGCAGUCAUGCUGUUCUCAAGCAGCACCGAGUUUUUGCUUAUAAAUGAAUACAUACCUUGCUUCCCUUCUCCUUUCUUAACAUACUAAAAACUCAAAUCACUGUUUGAUACUCCUGCAGUCCUUCAAAGUCUUUUGACAAAAAGACGAAAAACAGAGAUAACAGCUGUACUGUGUGAUCAGCUGGGUUGAAACUCAGAAAGCUCAGUUUCACAUUGCUGCUACGAUGAAGUACUCAAACAUGUCGAAGGUCGACGAUCAUGCAUCGGUGUUUUUACAUUUUCAAAUUGUGUCCAAUGUGGAGGGAGUUUUUGCAUAGUACAGCUUUUGUUCAUGGAAAGAAAUAGAAGGAAAAGUGUUGUGACCCACAGCAUGUCAAACGUGGUUCUGCAUCGACAUAUUUUGGCUAAAAUUAGCUUCAAUCCAGCUUCCCUUAGUCAGAGAAACUAAGGAUCUUCAACUCCAGCUGAGUUUUUAAUUUUUAAUUUGAGUUCUUCCUCCAGAGCUUCUUGGCAUCAAAGAAAUGUUGUAGAGAUAAAAGAGUUAGAGCUAUUAUUCUCUAAACAUGUUUCCUGCUGAAAUGAUGAAAAAAAUGAUGGGUGAAUCAAAUGAUUAACAAAUCAGAAUAAUUAUCAGCGAUAGUUUUUGUGUGUGUGAUCAUCCCGGGCAGCCUGUGUGCAGCGAAUGAUUGUGUCCAAAUCCAAGCUGUAAUGUUAUUGCUGAAUCAUUUCACUGAUUGUGAUUACAGUAAUAAUGGUUAAUAAAUGAGUCUUCACUUCACAUUAA